UACAGUCAUUUCCGUAAAAUCAUCAUAAAUUAACAUAAAUUUUGGUCAAAUCUCGAUAGAUUCCCCUUGGCCAGUAUUCUCCGGUUGCGAUGAGCGAACCGCUCUCGGGUCCCUGGCUGCGUUUCAUUUACAAUGGCCUGUUGCUGAGCUCGGCAGUGUUUUCCGGCCGUAAAAUGCAUCCGGAGGAGCACCCGUUCGCACUGGCCGCCUGUGUGGUGGUCGGUGUCUCGGCGGUCUGCGGAUUGCUCCGGGCGAUCUUCGCCAGCGGACAACCGGAGGAGUGCCGCAAGCUGAGGGACAUUACGCACGGGGUCCUGGAACUGGUGCCCUUGCCGCUGGCCAACAUGGAUCUCUAUAUGCAGUCCACCGGGAUGAGUGCCAUCGCUUUGGGCCACGCCUUCUUUGUGCUGCCCCUGAUUUGCGAUUUGGGUUGCUCCCUGGCCAAAAAUCGAAGGGAUUGUUCCUUCAGCGAUAGCCUCAAGGAUCUCACUGUGCUUGGAAAUAUAGUAUCCCUUGGAUUUCUGGCCUUUGUGGAGCGAAAUUUCCGGUAUUUUCGGAUGAUGAUGGUCAUGAUUGUGGUCAAGUAUGGAGUCGUUCUGGUGGACAGCAUCAGGGAGGACGCCGGGGAGGAUCUGCAGGUGUGCGGCACAGCCCUUUUCAUCCACCUGCUCGGCAAGACCGUCGAGUCCUCCGCCUCCUGAUCCUUAGCUUAACCCCUGACCGCCGCUCGCUUCAAGGGUUUCCUUCUGGUCCCGCUUAAUUUCCCAUGAAUCGAGUUUUGACCCGUAUUAAAUUUCAUUCCAGCCACUUUUCAA